CCGCCCUGUUUUGCCAUCAUCACCCACACAACCCGCUUAUCCUCAAACAUCACCUUCAUCAUCCUCUCUCUCUCUCUCUCUCUCUCUACUAUUAUUCUCUGCUACUCUCGCAACCCUUCACUCCUUCAGUAGUCUCUCUUUACUCCAGAGACCUCUGUUGGAUGCUUUGUUUCUCUGAAUCUCUGAUCAGCUAACACUCGCACAAGCUACUUCGAAUCUUAGCUGAUUCAGGGAGAUGGGUUCUCUCAGCAAGAGCCUAACUCGCUCGCCAUCUCUUUUCAUGAUGAAGAAGACUAUGGAGCAAGAUGUGGUCACUGAGAAGCAAGGGAUCGUCACCGUUCUCGGUCCAUCAGACUCUGAAAGAACCAAGGCGGCUUCCUUGCGGCGAACACUGUCCGCAGACAUGUCGUCCAAGAGAUGGCUGGCUCAAAAUGGUUUCUCUCCCAUGAAGAAGAUUGCGUCAUCCGAAGAACUCGGCGUUUCCGCAGACAUGCGGGACAAUUCAUCUUCAUCGUCCGAAGACGAAGAUCAUUACCAAGAUCAAAGGAAGGCCAAAUUCCAUACUUGGAGCUCAAUUGACGAGCAAGCUCAAAGGCAGAAAAACAAAGCCGAGGCUGCAAAGCAGCAGCCAGGACAAGCCGAUAUUUGGAGCUCGAUUGUAUGUCAAAAGGCCAACGAAGAAGAGGCGAGCAAAGUGGCUACUGCAGCGCCUUAUAUUCAUCCUCUUGUGAAGAAACAAUCGAGCGCUUUGACUAAGAAGAGUCUUCAAGUUUGCACUGAAAGUCUUGGAUCCGAGACUGGCUCUGAAGGGUUUUCUUCAUACCCUACUUCCGAGACCAGUGACAUAGAAGUAGUGGAUAAAGAUCAGCAAGCAGACCAAGCCGUGGUUCAGCAACAAGAAGAAAAAGAAAAAGAGAAGCCUCAGCGGUCAAAAGCAUUUGAUGAGAACGAAUUCCGAGCUGUCAAAUACAACUCUGCUGCUAGUAAGAAAUUGCCUUCAGCUCGAUCUUCCCCUCCACCUCUUUCGUCUUUAUCAGGAUGUGAUGGGGUAUCUGUUCACAUGAGGACUCAUCGCGACAACGGGCGACUAGUCCUUGAAGCGGUGUCUAUACCUUCUCCAAAUAACUUCCGUGCCGAACGCCAUGAUGGUCGCCUUGUCCUCACAUUUCUCAAUGCUACUCCUAGCUCUUGCGAGGCGCCUAAGUGUGAAGAGGUUGCUGAUGAAGAAGAGAAAUUUAGAGAGGAAGAAUUCGAGGAGAAUGUGAACUUUGAGGAAGGAGAAGAGGAAAAAGACAGCGAAAAAAGUGAUGGUGAUGAUGUUGAUGUUGAUGAGGAUGAGGAUGAGGAGGAAGAAAGUGAUGAGGUUGAGAAAGAAAGAAAAGAAAAUGGAAUCAAAAGAAAAGAAAUUGUGAUGGAGGAAGCACCAAGAAUACUGACAAGUAGAGUGGCAAAUGCUCACAGGUUAGCAUUAAUGAUGAAUAAGCCGAUUGGGUUAGCCAAUAAGACUCAUGGGUGGAUUAACAAGUUCAAUCAAGUAGUGAAAUAUGGAGGGGAUGAAGAGGAGGUUGAAGUAGUGGAGCCAACCCCAGUUGCAAAAUCACUCCCUCCACGGCCUGGCAGCCUGGCUCGGUUGAUACCUAAGCCACUGGCCACCACAAAAACAGCGGCAGCAGCAGCCUCUUUCAACGCUUACGAGUACUAUUGGCGCACCAAGCCUACAACUGCCGCUCUCAACCCUCUUCCGCCGCCAACGUCGCAGUCCCUAAAAAACAAUGGCUUCAUGUCCAAGAAUCAGUUGGCAAAUGAGCGGCAACAACUGCUUGUCUUGAGAGGGAACAAAGGGGAUCAUUUGCUCCCUUUUUCAAAGGGUUGCAAAGAGCCCAGAAGAUCUCUUCUAUUUUGGGAGCCUUAUUGCAUUGCCACCUCUUGAUUAUCCAACUCCUCAUAGUCCAAGUGAUAAUCCAAAUCCUUUACUACUCACUACCCAUUAUUAAUCAGCUCGAUCGCUCCAUCAUUCGCUUUCUCAUCCCCUCCAUUCUUUAGGGUUUGUGUCGUCAAAUAAAAGAAAACACAUACAAGGGAGGGAAAACUCUUGAUUUAGAAGAUCAAACUACGAUCUCAGAGAAAGAAAGAGAGAAGAUUUCAACAGUGCGUGUCGCAUGUAUAAUUUAUAUAAAAUCCCACUGUUACAGUAGCUACAACAAAAUCUUGGUGUCAUCUUUGACUUGUCGGACUGUCUUUUCCUUCUAUGCAUUGUAUGCGGUUUGUCAUCAACUUUAUUUGCUUUUAUAAAACUUAAGCCAAUGAGAUUUUAAUA